GUCUUCUCCCGAUCCUGCUCUAUCAACUCUGUUCACCAUUGGAGUAUAUUGCUGCUCAUAAUGAACACAACACGUCCUCUUCAGCGAUUAGCUCGCGUCGUUGGCCGCCAGACUGUCAAGCCGGCGCUGCUGUCGCGCAGCUUUGCCAGCUCUGUUCCGACGCUAUCAGGUGCCCGGUCUCCGCGGGGGUGGACGCCGACGCCGUUUGUUACUGAGACUGUGGGAGGAGGAUGGCACACAUACGACAUCUUCUCUCGUCUCCUCAAGGAACGAAUCAUCUGCCUAAACGGCGAAGUCGACGAAACCAUGUCCGCCAGCAUCGUCGCCCAACUCCUCUUCCUCGAAGCCGACAACCCCCAGAAGCCCAUCCACCUCUACAUCAACUCCCCCGGAGGGUCCGUAACCGCCGGUCUCGCCAUCUACGACACAAUGACCUACAUCGCCUCCCCCGUGAGCACGAUCUGCGUGGGCCAAGCCGCCUCGAUGGGCUCGUUGCUGCUUUGUGGAGGACACCCGGGCAAGCGAUUCUGCUUGCCGCAUAGCUCGAUCAUGAUGCAUCAGCCGUCCGGGGGUUACUUUGGUCAAGCGAGUGAUAUUGCCAUCCAUGCGAAGGAGAUACUCAGGGUGCGGAGCCAGUUGAAUAAGAUUUAUAAGAGGCAUUUGACGGGAAAGAAGGAGAUGACGUUGGAUGAGAUUGAGAAGUUGAUGGAGAGGGACUAUUUCAUGGGUGCGAAGGAGGCGCUUGAUAUGGGUAUUGUGGAUGAGAUUUUGGAUAGGAGGGGACCGCCGGGUGCGGAGGGGGGUGAAGCGAUUCCGUGAGGAUGUAUACCCUUUUUUGUUUUGUGAUUAUGUGUUUUUGUUUGUAUCGGUACUUGUGAUGAAGUUAUGGUAUGGUUACAUUAUAGGAUAUUUGAG